AUGCAAAGCUAUGCAUUGCUAUGCAAAGCGGAACCCAGCCGCUCGCAGGGGCGCCCCGCCCGCGCCGGCCGAGAUUUCCGGGCUGGUGGAGAACCGAUUUCGCCCGCCUCCUCCUCCCUGCACGUCCUCGCCGGCCCCUCCCACGUGCUGUAUCAAGCCCCUCCUUAUGGGGGCGUGGACAAUGUUGAGGGCCUGGAAAAGCACCUGCUGCCCGUGCCCAGGCCUGAGGUGCCUAUCACUUACAAAGAUUCUGGUCACCUGCUUGAGUCCGGGUCUGCCGGCAGCCCCGGCCGGCGGGCGCGCACCAGGCGGCGGGGCCCGGAGGGCAGGGUCCGCUGGGGGCCCCGGAGUUGAGAGGCGGCGCCCGGGAGCCCCCGGAGGAGGAUGGGCAGUGGACACAGCAAACUGAGCUGCUGCAAACCCCCCAAAAAGAGGAGACUCAGGCCGGAUGCCCCACCCCAGCCUCAGCCUCUGCUUUUGGGAAGGGAAAUUCUGUUGCCCCUCAAUGAGGACGCAGCCACAACUGCUCACCUGUGUGCAUGUGAGGAGGCUGAGCAGCAGCGAAAGGACAUAACCAGAAUCCUCCAGCAACAUGAAGAAGAGAAGCAGCAAUGGGCGCAACAGGUGGAGAAGCAAAGGGAGGUGGAACUUCAAGAAACACUGGCCAAACAGCGAGUAGUCCUGGAGAGAGAGCAUGAAGAGGCCCUGCAAGCACUCCGCUCCUCACAUGAGCAAGAGAAAGAAGCCCUUAACCACUCCUUCCAGGAGGCCAAGGCAGCCCUGCAGGAGACCAUAGAGGGGCUGACUUCACAGCUGCAGGCCUUCCAAGCCAAGAUGAAGAGGGUGGAGGAGUCUAUCCUGAGCCGAAACUACAAGAAGCACAUCCAGGAUUACGGGAGCCCCAGCCCAUUCUGGGAGCAGGAGCUGGAGAGUUUACACUUUGUCAUCGAGAUGAAGAAUGAACGUAUUCAUGAGCUGGACAAGCGGCUGAUCCACAUGGAGACAGUGAGAGAAAAGAACCUGAUGUUGGAGGAGAAGAUGACCACCCUACAGCAGGAGAAUGAGGACCUCCACGUCCGAGGCCGGAACCUGGUGGUCACGUCCAGGCAGCUCUCUGAGGACCUGCUGCUUGCCCGUGAGGCCCUGGAGAAGGAGCUGCAGUUACGGCAACAGCUUCAGCAGGAGAAGGAGGAGCUACUGUAUCGGGUCCUUGGGGCUGAUGCCUCCCCAGCCUUUCCACUGGCUUCUGUCACUCCCACAGAGGUCUCCUUCCUUGCGGCCACAUAG